AUGGCGGCGGCCGGCCCGGCUCCGGGUCCCGUGGACGAGCUGGUCUCGUCGGUGACACUGUACCGCCGGCGGCCGCGGCUCCUCCACGGCACCGUACUGCCCUUCGUGGCGGGGCUCUACCCGGCCUGGUUGUGGCUGUGGGGACCGCGCGUGUGGGCGGCAUGGGGGGAGGCGGCGGCGGCGGCGGAGGAGGAGGGCCCGAGACCGGGCCCGGGCCCCGCGCCCCCCGAGGCCGCGUUGCUGGCGCUCGCCGCCAUCGGUGUCGUCCAUCUGCUGACGGCGCUUUCGGGGCUGUGGUCGGUGCACGCUCACUGCGCCCUCACCUGCGUCCGGGAACCUUGUCCUAAGAAAGCCACGUUGGCUAAAGUUGUGCCAACCCCAAAUAACGGAUCAGUAGAAUUAGUGCCGCUCCACAGAGACCAGGGUGAGGACGGGCAGGAGGCUCUUUCCUUUGAAUUUCAGAAAAUCAAAUACUCCUAUGAGAUAGACAGCAAGAAACAGUUUCUUCCUGUAGCUUUCCCUGUGGAACAUCCCCUUUGUUACUACCAGAACGCCCGAGGCUAUCAGGAGGACAAAGAUAUCCGAGCAGCUGAGAAGAAAUACGGUACAAACAAGGCUGAGAUGGUGGUGCCGGAGUUCUUGGAACUCUUUAAAGAAAGAGCUACAGCUCCGUUCUUCGUCUUUCAGGUGUUCUGUGUGGGUUUGUGGUGCCUGGAUGAAUACUGGUAUUACAGCGUGUUCACUCUCUCCAUGUUGGUUGCGUUUGAAGCUUCUCUGGUCCAGCAGCAAAUGAGGAACAUGUCGGAGAUUCGAAAAAUGGGCAACAAGCCGUACAUGAUCCAGGUUUACAGAAACCGCAAGUGGCGCCCCAUUUCCAGCGAUGAGAUUAUUCCGGGGGAUAUCGUUUCCAUUGGCCGAUCUCCUCAUGAAAAUCUAGUGCCGUGUGAUGUGCUGCUGUUACGUGGAAGGUGCAUUGUAGAUGAAGCCAUGCUGACGGGAGAGUCUGUGCCACAGAUGAAGGAGCCUGUGGAGGAUCUCAGCCCAGAGCACGUCUUGGACAUGCAGACGGAUUCCCGGUUACACAUUAUAUUUGGGGGAACAAAAGUGGUGCAGCACAUCCCGCCCCAGAAAGCCAGCACAGGACUGAAACCUGUCGAUAACGGGUGUGUGGCGUACGCUCUGAGGACCGGCUUCAACACGUCGCAGGGGAAAUUGCUACGUACAAUCCUCUUUGGGGUGAAGAGAGUGACAGCCAAUAACUUAGAGACCUUCAUUUUCAUCCUGUUCCUGCUGGUCUUUGCCAUUGCUGCUGCAGCAUACGUCUGGAUUGAAGGCACCAAGGAUCCUACCAGGAACCGUUACAAGCUCUUCCUGGAGUGUACUUUAAUACUGACUUCGGUCGUUCCACCUGAACUUCCCAUUGAGCUCUCUCUGGCUGUCAACACCUCCCUCAUCGCCUUGGCCAAGCUCUAUGUGUACUGUACAGAGCCCUUCCGCAUCCCCUUUGCAGGCAAAGUUCAGGUUUGCUGUUUUGACAAAACUGGCACGUUAACCAGCGAUCACCUUGUAGUGAGAGGAGUAGCUGGGCUCAGGGAUGGGAAGGAAGUGACACCAGUAUCUGACAUUCCUGUAGAAACCCACCGAGCGAUUGCUACUUGCCACUCACUGGUACAGCUGGAUGAUGGGACGCUGGUGGGAGAUCCGUUGGAGAAGGCGAUGCUGAUGGCUGUGGACUGGACCCUGACCAAAGAUGAGAAAGUUUUCCCCCGAAGUAUUAAAACUCAGGGACUGAAAAUUCACCAGCGCUUUCAUUUUGCCAGUGCCCUGAAAAGAAUGUCUGUCUUGGCGUCGUAUGAGAAGAUCGGCUCGACUGAUCUCUGUUACAUUGCAGCUGUGAAAGGGGCCCCAGAGACGCUGCACAAAAUGUUGUCUCAGUGCCCAAGCAACUAUCACGCUGUCCACACGGAAAUUUCGCAUGAGGGGGCAAGAGUGCUGGCCCUCGGCUACAAAGAACUGGGGCACCUCACACACCAGCAGGUGAGAGAGAUGAAGCGUGAAGCUUUGGAGUGUGAUCUUAGAUUUGUUGGAUUCAUUGUGGUUUCCUGUCCUCUCAAAGCUGACUCCAAAUCCGUCAUCAGGGAGAUCCAGAAUGCAUCACACCACGUAGUGAUGAUAACAGGAGACAAUCCUCUCACCGCCUGCCAUGUGGCCCGGGAGCUACACUUCCUCCAGAGAGAGCACACCCUCAUCCUGCAGCCUCCUGUGAGCAAAGACUCCAGCUGGCAGUGGCAGUCCGUCGAUGGUGCUGUCGUGCUCCCAAUCGUGCCAACCUCCUUGCGAGAGCUGACGCAGCAAUACGACCUGUGUGUAACCGGGGAAGGUCUCUCUCACCUGCAGUCUGUGAACAGACAGCAGCUGCUGAAACUCAUACCACACGUCCAGGUGUUUGCCAGAGUGGUGCCAAAGCAGAAGGAGUUUGUAAUCACUACGUUGAAGAGCCUGGGCUACGUCACGCUGAUGUGUGGGGACGGGACCAACGAUGUCGGAGCUCUGAAACAUGCAGAUGUGGGAGUGGCACUGCUGGCAAACGCUCCCGAGAGGCUGCCCGAACGGAAGAAGAGAACUCGAGACGGACCCGGAGAUGGGAGGCCUGCUUUGCCGUCGAUGGGGAGUGGGACUGUGAAGCCCACCUCCCGUGGUGCCAAGCACAGGGUCAUAUCCCAAAGAGAGGAACAGCUGGCCAUCCAGAGGGUCGGUAACUAGAUGUUUAAAAGCCCGUUACUUACCCCUGCUCUUCGUUCCUCCUCUGGUUUACUGCUAAUUUGCGAGAACUGGAAAUGGCAGGAUGUACUGGGAAAAGACCAGCUUUUCUGCUGCUUCUCCGGAAAUAGCAGAAUGGAUUUGGGCAGAGAAGGUGCCGCUUUUCCAGCCAGCCAUCAAGCUAACGCUGCAAGUGCGUGUUUGUAUCUUUCUCUUACUCGCCUGCAGGAGCGGAUCAGUCAGGUCCUGAAGGAUUUGGAAGAGGAGCGUGUACCAGUUGUGAAGCUGGGCGAUGCCAGCAUCGCAGCCCCCUUUACCUCCAAGCUCUCUUCCAUUCAGUGCAUCUGCCACGUGAUCAAGCAAGGUCGGUGCACGCUAGUGACAACGCUCCAAAUGUUCAAGAUCCUUGCCCUGAACGCCCUGAUCCUUGCUUACAGCCAGAGUGUCCUCUACUUGGAAGGGGUGAAAUUCAGUGAUUUUCAGGCAACUCUGCAGGGUCUGCUGUUGGCUGGCUGCUUCCUUUUCAUCUCCAGGUCGAAGCCUUUGAAGACCCUUUCCAAGGAGCGCCCGCUGCCCAACAUCUUUAACCUCUACACGGUCCUGACAGUGCUGCUGCAGUUCCUCGUGCAUUUCCUCAGCCUCGUUUACCUGUACCGCGGCGCCCAGGCGCGCAGCGAUUCCAGCUCCGCUCUUACCUCUUUGUUCUCUUUUAGACAGGAGGAGUUUGUGGAUCUGUACAAGGAGUUUGAGCCCAGCCUUGUGAACAGCACUGUCUACAUCAUGUCGAUGGCGAUGCAGAUGGCCACGUUUGCUAUCAACUACAAGGGCCAUCCUUUUAUGGAGAGUCUACGGGAGAACAAACCUUUACUGUGGAGCAUCGUCCUUUCGGGACUUGCCAUCGUGGGCCUCCUCACGGGCUCCUCGCCAGAAUUCAACGAGCAGUUUGGCUUGGUAGAAAUCCCUCCCGAGUUCAAGAUCGUCAUCACGCAAGUGUUGCUGGCCGACUUCUUCCUCGCCUUGUUAGUGGACCGAAUUCUUCAGUUUCUGCUGGGGAGCGCAAAGCUCAAAGUGCCUUCCUGA